GGCGGGAGCGCAUGGCAGGUGGCGGGAAGCGGAGGCCGCGCGGCGCGGCGGCGCCCGCCGGAGAGCAGAGUGAAAAAAAUGGCGCUGUCAAGAAGAGAAGAUCAAACCAGGCAGACAUUACUGAUAGUCUUUGCCAAGAAGCAGAAACAUGCUAUCGGCUUAGACUGCCUGAGGACUUCUACCAGUUUUGGAAGUUUUGUGAGGAGCUAGAUCCUGACAAACCAAGUGAUGCACUUGUGUCAAGUGUUGGACUUAAGCUGGUUGGACCAUAUGAUAUUCUUGCUGGAAAAAACAAAAAAGCAAAAUCAACAGAUGUGAACUUCAAUCUUCAUUGGAGAUUCUUCUAUGAUCCCCCAGAAUUUCAGACUAUACUUGUUGGGGAUAGCAGAACACAGUAUCACAUGGGGUAUUUCAGGGAUGUGCCAGAUGAGCUGCCAGUGUGGGUUGGUGCAAAUGAAGCGAAGAAGGGUUGUGUGAUUUCACAAGUUGGUGAUAAUGUCUUUGCUGCAGUCAAAUUAUUUUUGUCAAAAAAACUUAAGGAAGUGGCUGAUAAAAAGAAAAAUGCUGUUUUGAAAGACAUAGAUGAAAAGCUAACAAGAACAGCAAAAGAACUGGGUUAUUCUCUGGAGCAAAAAACCCUGAAGAUGAAACAGAGAGAUAAGAAAGUGGUGACCAAAGCAUUUCAUGGAGCAGGCCUAGUCGUUCCUGUAGACAAAAAUGAUGUUGGAUACAGAGAACUUCCUGAAACAAAUGCUAAUCUUAAAAAAAUUUGCAAGGCCAUUGUUGAUGCUCCAACUGAUGAGGAGAGAGUGAAGGCCUUUGCACCCAUUCAAGAAAUGCUGACCUUUGUUCAGUUUGCUAAUGAUGAAUGUGAUUAUGGAAUGGGGUACGAGCUGGGCAUGGACCUCUUUUGCUAUGGAUCACAUUACUUCCACAAGACGGUGGGCCAGCUGCUGCCCCUGGCUUACACGCUGCUGAAGAGGAACCUGUUUGCCGAAAUCAUCGAGCAGCACCUGGGCAACCGGCGGGAGGAGGACCUGGAUCAGCUGGCGCCCUGAGCCGGGCGCGGGGCUGCAGCUGGGGGGCGGCCCUGCGCGCCCGGGACCGGCCUUGUCUGUGUGUCUGUGGCUCUUUUUGUACUCGGUGGCGGUGUUCCCUCGGUCAGUAAAGGUUUUCUAAGGAACGCGCUGCUUCCCGGUGCUGGCUGCGCGGGGCGGAGGGGCCGCGGGGCGGAGGGGCCGCGCACGGGCGGGGCCGCGGGACCGCCGCGCCCGCCUGGCCCUGCCCUGCAGGCCGCGGGAGCCAAACCCGGGCCGGGGCUGCUGCUCUGGGGCAGCUCGGGGGCCCGGCCGCUGCCCAGCGCUGCUCGGAGCACCUCCGGGCACCGCGCCAGUGACUCACGGCACGGCCGCUGGGGCUCGGUCAGCACCCCCCUGUGCCAUAUGCGAACUGAUCUCCACAUCCCCGCUCCAGGUGACGGUUCUGCCCUUCUCCAGUUGCGUCCUACCCCUGAGGUAAAGCAUUCCCUUACUACAGCAUUCCCUUCUACGGCAAAGCACUAUCACUGCUCCUGCAUUGCUGGAGCUGGUUCAGGCGGGAGGAAACUGAUGGGAUGAAGGAAACGCUAGCUGACAUUGCCAGAGAAACUAGGAAUUCCACGGCAGUUGCUAGCUUGCUAAUAAGAAGCCAUCUCCAGUUUUAAAUAUUUAAAAAUUAAACCCAAGUGAUUUUGUACGAGUGCAAAUUAAUUACUUUCAAGGUCCUUAGUCCCCAGUUCAGUGUUCUUGUUAACUGCACUUGGAGGCUUAUUCUCUGACAAGUGAUUAAAGUAACAGUCCAAAAACAAUGGGAAAUAACAUUUGCUCUUAUUCAACAGCCCUGCCACCAGCCGUGACUUGACUUCCAUUGUAGCAAUUCACAUCAGUACUAAAAACAGCAAUAUUAAUUACUGCUCAUAAAGAUUAUAGGCCAGUAGCACCAUGCUAAAAUGUAAGUCAUUCCUACUCUUUUAAGCAAAGGAUUGUCAGUUUUAUGUUACUUUAAGGUAGAAGGGAGCAGUGGUAGUAUAGUGUAGGUUAGAGUGCUGCAAAAGUAUUGUGAGUUUCAAAUGCACAAGGCAAUCACAUGCCACAGCUACAAGUGUCAACUUUACAACUUUACCCUUUUCAUUCAGCGUAUCAAUGUCCCAAUUAUUGAAGCACAGACUUAAAGGCACUCAUUCAUAGGCCUGGAGGGUUUUUAUACAUAAAAACCAGGUACUUUCCAUCUCAUUCUCCUGUUUGUUUCAAGUACAGGACACCUUAAUAUCAAGGCCCUGUAAAUCACACAAGUACUAAAACAGUAGAAUCGUGGAAAGGUUUGAGUUGGAAGGGACCUUAAAAGUUCAACUUUUUAACUGUUACUUAAAUAUGAAAUUAGAUUUGCAAAAAUGAGGACCUGAGACUGGACAUCCAUAUUCAUAUAUUAAUCCCUGAUGGAGAAGGAAAUCUGUUACAGCAGUUGCAACAUGACUGAUAUGCUGCGUAUCAAUAAACUGGGACAGACUUUUUAGCAGGGCCUGCUGCACUAGGACAAAGGGUAAUGGUUUUAACUAAGAGUAGAUUCAGACUAGAUAGGGGAAGACACUUUUUAUUAUGAGAGUGGUGAAAUAUUUAAAUGGAUUGCCCAGAGGGGUGGUACCACCCCCUUCGAAGUGGUCAGUGGGUGGGGCUCUGAGCAACCUGUCUCAUGGAAGGUGUCCUUGCCCAUGACAGGAGGGUUGCAAUGAGGUGAUCUCUAAGGCCCCUUCCAGCCCAGGCCAUUCUAUGAUGUGUACAUCAUCAGCAGAUGGUUUUCAGACAAUAAAAAGAUCAUCCACUUUUAACUUAGAAUUAAAA